CGAUCACAGCGAAUCGACGAGCACUACUCGAAGCUGACUGUCGGCCUAUCCAACAAAUCGUUGAUCAGCUGAUUGCGUGAUAGGAACAUCGAAGUUCGUGUAACUUUUUUGCGACUUGGCAAGAGCUGAAAUUGUCGAAAAAUGUCUCUAAACACAGCUCAUGCUAACGGGGGGGUCCUCAUACAUUCCGGCGAAUGUAUUCUUCUCUUUUCUGACAAUGUCAUGAUGGAAUUUCAUGGACAGGAUCAACCUGAGUUUAUCGGAUCAAAACGAGGCAGACUUUUCUUAACUACACACCGUAUGAUUUUCAAUGCAAAGGACCAAAAAGAAAGAAUGCAAUCAUUCAGCUUUCCUUUCAUCACAUUGAGCGACGUGGAAUUAGAACAACCAAUGUUCGGCGCUAAUUACAUAAAAGGAAAAUGCCGAGCUCAACCGAAUGGCAAUUGGACUGGCGAAUGCAAAUUUAAACUUCACUUCAAAAACGGUGGAGCAAUCGAGUUUGGACAAGCAAUGUUAAGGGCUGCUUCUAUGGCAAAUCGCAAUGGUCCUGGUUUCGAUGCACCUCCACCAUAUCAACCGCCAACUUCUGACUGGUACGCCGCACCUCCGCCAGCAUAUCAAGCUGCGCCAGGUGGAUAUUACGGCUGGCAACCCCCGACAAAUGUUUUUCCCGAACAACCACCAGCAAAUGGCGUAUACAUGACGGACUCUCCGCCACCGUAUCCCGGCAUCAAUGGUCCUUAUCAAGGUUACGCCAGCGGCGGAGCUGCGCAACAGCAGCCACAGCCAAGUGCUUGGGGGAAUUCGGCGCAACCAAGCAACUGGGGUCAGCCUCAAUCUAACGGAGCUCCGGGAUGGGCGAACCCAGGCUACAAUCCGCAGUCAAUGUCUCAAGGAGAUGCAAAAGCUGCGGAGGCUGCGCAAAGCGCGUACUAUGAUCCGAAUAGGCCUCAAUGCGCUUACGUUCCACCACCCGCUUACUACGAAAGCCCCCCGAGUUACCAACAGGCAACGGAUAAGAAAGAACAGUGAGACGCGUUUUUAGUGAGGGAUCAUUCGCCACGAUUUCUGUACUAAUAAAGAGCUUUCAAAGUCGUGCUUUAUCCGAAACAAGCACACACAUUCCGAUACCUAGCACCGUUGGAUAUAUAAAAUUCUAAUUUAACACAUCACGCAUUAAACAAUCGUGUCGUUAUUCCAGAUUGUAUUGUGCUCCAUGUUAAUCCUGAAUAUCGGUAAUUAUACGCAUGUAUAAAUGAGUGGAACGAAAUAACUUUUUACUUUGAUGCUCCUUAUUUUACUUUUAUUCAUCUUCAUACUUUUCCAUUUUAAAAGCAGCAAAUUUAUCGCACCGUUUUUAAUAAACUAUUAUAAAUGUUCAAUAAAUAUAUUAUGUUGAGUAUUUUCCGUAUGAUUUGGGAAAUGUAAAUUCUCUGUAAAUUUUUAAUCAUACAUAUUAUAUUAUAAUAUAUGUGAAGAUGUAUAAAUCUGUAUAUCUUAGUAAUGCAAUAUAAUACCGCUAACAUACUAAUGUUAUUUGAUUAUCUGAUAAAAUUAGCGAUCAAAACAUUGUGUAUAGUAAUAAAAAAAAAGAAAAAAAAAGAAAAACAAUAUAUUAUAUGCACAUAGGUAUUAACAUAUACGCAUUUGUAGAGUCCAUACGAUUCUAAACGCUUAUUUAUUAAACAUUCACAGCAUUCGUAUCGAGCUUCACUUAUCACAGUAGAAAUUCUCUGGAUGUUCGGAUUUGCGGAAUUAUCAAAAUUGAUUUUUUAAAUUACAAACUUGAAGCGUGAUUUCAGAGGUAACAAAAUAUCUAAUACAUUUCGCAUGAAAUUUUCUAUCUUCUUAUAAUAUAUUUGGGGGUUUUGUUGAAUAACCGUUUCUAUGGGUUAAAAAAAAAAAAAAAAAAAAAUGUGAGCUGCCGGUGUAUUUAAAUAUCGAAUCUUAUAUUUUAGAAGGUAUUAAAGAAUCUGUGAUUUGUACAUAAUUUAGAAACUAAGAAAGCUUUCCUGCUAGUGUUAUUUUUACUUUUAAAAAAAUUUAUUGCUACGUGAUGUUAAUUUAUAUAUUUUGCAGUUCUGCACACUCCGACAUAUCUGACUGGAUACAUAGAUGAAACAUUUAUUUGUGAAAGAGGCUCGGAGGGUUUCUACUGUAUAAAGUUGAAGAUGUAGACUGACUGCGUCAAAUUAGCAAUGCAAUCCUUGGAGCUGCGAUGUAAUUUUUAAUACUUUUGCGCCUGUAACAUUUACUUUCUUGUUUGCUUAAGGAUGAGUAGACCGCACUGUCAGAAUUAAAAUUUGGGUGAGUAGGAAGAAAGAAAAAAAAAAAACGUUUAAUGUUGGGGUAAACUGAUGAAACACCGUCUUGUUAUAGAAAUGAUUCUGAAAAAAUUCGAAUGACGCAACCUAAGAUAUGAACAAUUUGCCUCGAGAUUUUCUGUAUUUUUUGUAUGUUUUUUAGACCAUAUUUGAUGAUCUGGCAGGCAAAAAUAUUAGCCCAAAAACAUUAGAAUCAGUUUAAAAGUAUCAGAGUUUGAUCCUUUCAAAUGUUCUGAUUAUGAGAACCUGUUUUACAAAUUAUGAUAUCUUAGUUUGUGUCAUUCUAAUUAUAAGUUACCCAGAUUCAUUGCUAUCAUGUAGUAGGGAUAUUGUUGCAUUCACUAUCAUUCGCGCAAAUAACAUUCUCGAAGACGUUUGAUUUCUCCGAUUUUUUUCUAUUUUAUAAACCUUAUGUUUAUUCAGACGAUAACGGUCCACUCAAACUUGAGUCAUCGUGAGUGAUUAUUUUCUGUAACAUUCUUCGGUGAAGUGAAUUAAAACAGAUAAUUACGACAUAUUAUGAGUCAUAAAAAACCUUGGAUUGUAUCGAAUUUUGGAUUAUACGUCAUUGUUCUAAAUUCCACGGAAGAAAUUUUCUCAAACUACUUUGACCAUUUGGUGAUUGUGAUAAAACUAGUGUAAUUGACUUCAAUGAUUACGAAUCAGCGAGAAUACGGCAGUAUAUGUUGUAAGCACUUUCGUAUUGUACAGUUAACCAAUGCAGUAUAUGUAUUUACUAAAAUAAAAAGCAGCUUGUGUAAAGUCGGCAGCAAUUUGAAGUUUAUUCUAAAUCCUGUCUGACCUCGAGACAUAAUUUAAAAAAAAUUUUAUCCACAAUAAUCAAGUGUUCAAAUAUUUUAACUCUUAAAACAAUUCUUACUUUUUUUUUCAAUACUUCUCAUAAAAAUUGUUGUUUUUGUGGUAACAUAUUGAAAAUACUCGUUUUAUAGUUGGAGAUUUAAACAAAAUAGGAAAUUGAGAAGCCAAUUCAAUUCACACAUGAGUUCAUAAUGAAUGUUGAAAAAUUAACUUACCGAAGCUCUCUGAGUUAAUUAAAACCUUUGUUGUCGUAAUAUCCUUCUGUUUGAACUCACGUGCGUUGAAAAUCUCUUGAUUGUGUACAAGUCUGAUAUAAAUUAAAUAUUUUUGAUUGUAUAAACACUUUAUUUGAGUGGCGUACAAUAAUACUUAUGUAUAAUAUAAUUAUUUGUAUAAGAAAAAAUAGUAUCAACAGUUAUAUGGGUAAAAUCAAAGGUCAAAGAUUUUGAUUUUAUAUUAUUACGAUUCUUAAAUUGGAAAAUUUAAGAUAUUAAAAAUUUGUAGCACCGUCAGUCUUUCCAGACACUGACACAUUUCAUAACGAGUUACAUAAAAUUUGGAAUGGUUCUUUUAACGCCAUUAUUAUACAUAUAAAUACUUACUUAUCAAGAGAUUUGUGAAUAUUUUGUGCAGGCAUACAUUAAAUAUAAAUUUUUCAUUUCACAUUGGUCACACAGUUGACAUAGAUUACAGGUACGUAAACAUACAAGUGUGAUUAAAACAACAGGUAAAGAAAUAUUGUACAAGCCUAUUUGACGGAGACAAUUUCUCGUCACUUAUCGAAUUUUAUACAUAUUUUUCUAGUGAGCAUGUUUUGUUUGA